AUGACGGCCCUAACCUCCGCUCCUGUUGAGAUCAUCCUUUAUAUCCUUCAAUCAUGCGACUCCUUCACUGAGCUCCGGCACAUCGCCCCCAAGGUCAUGCCAGCCUUUGACUGGGCUUUACUGGCGGUCCGCGCCACCGCUCUAGUCCACGAUACCCACCACCAAGGACGUCUUGCCCCCCAAACCAAGCCCGAGGACUUGACUGGCGAGUCACAGAAGCCAUCGCUUCAAGAGCUCGAUUCCGUCUUCGGGCUGCAUCAUUUCGUCCGGUGCGUUGAGCUACGGUACUGUCACAACCACCUCACGAUCAACAAGGCCUUUGCCACAGAGCAAGCGCAAAACCUCUGGCCUGAGGACAGGAAACCGCCACCGCCCAUCAACGACAACGCGCCAGAGGAUCCGGGAGAGGGCAUGCGUGUCUGGAGGGAGCGGUUUCAUAUUGCUGCUUAUAUGUCCCUUCUUAUGGGCGCGGUGUUUGCGAGGGCGUAUAACGCGCCGUUUUACCCGAAGGAGGAGGAUCUGGAUAAUACGCCGUUGUCAUCGCUGUCUUCGUCUUCGGGCAAUGGUGGAUCUUUGGAAGCAGAAGCGCGGAGGAAGGAACUCGGGGAUCUCAUGCGCCAGGCCUCCUCGGACCGCUCGAGCGAGCGGUAUUUCCGGCUUACCGUCAAAGAGGACAUGCGUGAGUAUCUGCGCCAGUUCCCCGUUUAUGAUCUCAAUGAUGAGCUGGGCGGCCAGGAGAAGGUCUUCGGUCCGUUCAUCGAGUGGUUCAUUCGUGUUACCAUAUCGCAGUACAACAGCAACAAAACCAUACCGAAGCCGGCAACACGGGAUCCCUCUCGUCCAGCAAUCCGGGUGGAAAUAGACCGCCUUUAUGCCGAUAGAAAUUGUGGCCGCUGCCCGGACCUUCCGGGUAGCGCUUGGAUGGAAUGCCAUCGUGAUGGCACACUGCUAUCGGAGUUGUUCGACCCAGGCAAGUUUGCUGGAUCACCGGCCGAAGCCGAGGCCGUUGUCUGGUCGGCUAUGCAGGCGGUCCACAUGUUUGAGUUUAUCAUCACCUAUGUCACGAACCUUGAUAGGAGCUAUCGCUUUGGGAGGAGUUCGAAGGUUGUUCUGUUUGGCGUUUUCCAAACCGAGGAAAUACUGAUGCAGGUCGACGUCAAAAGCUCGACUGAGCAGCAACUCGUUGCAUAUUUUCCGCCAGCAUGUGCAUGUGCAUCUGCCUCGUCUCCCUCUCCGUCUCCGCAUUCCCACGGUUGUGAAGGAUAUCUCUGCGACAACCUGAACUGUCUAGACAUACCCCUGGUCUUCGACGACCUAUACAACCGCCCAGGCAUCGCAAACCACAAGAUUGGCGAAAACGACAUUGGCUAUAACCGGCCACCUCCCCCUCUUCAGCUUUUCAUGUUCCUACUUGAGCACCACUUCCACCUCGAAUUUGACUGGGGCCUGUUUACCACUUUUAGGGAUGGUCCUCAGGACUACUGGCCGUUCAAGAAGAGGGCUACCAUCUUUGCCCACGGACCCGAGCUCGUGCCGGAAAGAAACGUGCUAGACUAUACCAACGGUAUGGAGUUUCUGGUGCCCUUGUAUCCACGACCCCUCUCUUUUUGCAACCUUGGCGAUUGGUACUUUGACGACGACCUCCAUUAUCACGGUAACCCUCGCACGUGGGAGCCUGACUAUAACGCUUUUGAGGAGGGGAUCCGACUUGGUGGAUGGUAG